AUGGCCGCCGGAAGGGAACCCUUCAACAUGACGCCCCGGCCAACAACUUCCGAUGAAACCACCGCCGGCAUGGCAGCAGCAGCAGAACGCUCCCCCUGGCAUUCCCCAGUUCCUUACUUGUUCGGCGGAUUGGCCGCCAUGCUCGGACUGAUAGCUUUCGCGCUCUUGAUCCUCGCCUGCUCCUACUGGAAGCUUUCCGGGUACUUGGAAAACGACGGCGAGAGAGAUCUGGAGGCAGGGGAAGGCAGCGGGAAGGAAGGGGGCGAAGGUGAGGAGAAGAAGGCCAAGGAGUACGACGAGAAGUUCUUGGUUAUCAUGGCCGGACAGGUGAAUCCCACUUACCUCGCCACUCAAGUCUCCAGCCGGUCGUUGUCUUUCGGCGUCGGCGAGAAGGCUUGCUCGUGCGGCGAGAAAGAAGGGAAAUUGGAAGGUGGGAAACAGGGGAGUGAUGGUGAAGAAGAACAUGUUGGAAACGACAGGGGAAUUUCGCGUGACGCCGGUGAAUCUUCUUCUUCUUCGUCGUCGUCGGUGGCAGCUGCAACGGCGGCAGCGACGGAUGAGGAGGAAACGAUAGCGCCGCAUUGA